AUGGCUUCUUUCUUAUUUUUCAUGCUGAUGACAUCAUUAAGUAUGAUGUGUGUUGGUUCUUAUCAAUACCAGCAUCCUAACGCUAAAUUAAUGGUGAUGAACGGUGAUCCGACUUCAGGUUUUAUUAAUGUUCGUUUACCUCCCUACAAUGCAACAGGUGAUGGUAUUACCGAUGAUACAAAUGCUAUUCAACGAGCUUUGAAUGAUACUGGUAGUAUGGGUGGCGGUAUUGUCUUCAUACCCGAAGGCAAUUAUUUAAUUGCUAGUCAUUUGACAUUACCCGCUGCUACUGUAUUAAAGGGUGUUGCAUCGCACGUUCAAAGAAAUUGGGGUGAUCCAAAUAGAAAAUCUGUUUUUGGAACAACACUUUUAGCGAUUGCCGAUGCCGGAAAUGAAAAUGGAACAGCUUUUAUUUCUUUAUCGGGCGAUAGUAGUGGUAUUGAAGGCCUACAAAUAUUUUAUCCAAACCAAGUACCAAGAAAUCCACCCAUAGCUUAUCCAUGGACAAUACGAUGUGGACAACAAGGAAAGAGUAUUGAAAAUAAUUAUGUUAAAAAUGUUCUAUUAGUUAAUCCUUGGAAAGGUAUUGACGCCGCAACAUAUGAAGCGCCUCGUCAUUGGUUUGAAAAUGUUUAUGGGCAACCAUUAGCAAUUGGCAUAGCUGUUGAUCAAUGUUAUGAUAUUGGAAGAAUCAGUCAUAUACAUUUCUGGCCAUUUUGGUCAAGUGAGCCAGAAUUAUGGAAUUGGGUUAAUAAUAAUGGAAUAACAUUUUUAUUUCAAAGAACUGAUUGGGAAGUCGUUGAAGAUGUAUUUAGUUGGGGCUAUCAAAUUGGCAUGGCUUUUCGUACGAGCGCCUAUGGAGCUUGCAAUGGACAAUUUACAGAUAUCAAUUUUGAUAAUGUUGAUAUUGGUAUUGAGGUGUCAUAUACUCAAACAUGGGGCAUUUUAUUUUCGAAUUUAAAUCUAGCUAAUGCCGGCGGUGGCUCAAAUCGUAUUGGAAUAUUAGGACGCGCAAUUAAUAGUACGAAACCAACAGAUGCAUCUGUAGUUGUACGUGGUGCAUCGUUUUGGGGUGUUUUUCAUCAAACAAUUGUUUGGUCACAUGUAGGUUUAAUUUCAAUCAGUGACUCAUUGUUUGCUCAAUGGAAUAAAACAUCGCCCGGAAUUGAAAUUCAACGUGGACGAGCUAUGAUUAAUAAUAAUUAUUUUGGCGAUAAUGUUGGAAAUGCGGUAACAGUGUUGGAUGGGGCCGAUCGCGUUACUAUCACUAAUAAUCAUUUUAAUGGAAAUAGAUUGAAUGUAGUUACUAAACCUACUGUUUUAGUGGCGAAUAAUUUAGAAUAA